AUGAUGCAUUUGACGCUGUCGGCCGCCGCUGUGGCCGGGUUUCUCUCCCCAGCUCUUGCCUAUCCCUCGGAAAUCAGGCCGCGCAUUGUUAAGAACUCAAGCGGCCUGCUGCCUUGCUACAACUAUGUUGUCAUUGGUGGUGGGGCUUCAGGUUUGACUGUGGCCAACCGUCUGUCCGAAAAUCCAGAGACCUCCGUUCUCGUUAUCGAAGCUGGCGACUUCGACCAAGCGGAGGAUUUCAUUGAGAUUCCUGGCCUUUCAGGCGGAGCAGUUGGAACCAAGUACGACUGGAACAUUUCUUAUGUCGCGACUGCCGACGUAAACGACCGCGCGGUUUCCAUCCCCCAAGGAAAGGCUGUUGGUGGGUCAACAUUGCUCAAUCGUAUGCUUAUGCAUCGUGGCUCAGCCCACGACUACGAUCGAUGGGAAGCCUUGGGCAAUGCGGGAUGGAGCUGGACUGGCCUGCUGCCGUUUUUCAAGAAGAGCGAGAUCUUCUCUCCGCCAAACGCGGAUGUUGCCGCACAGUACGAUAUCACCUACGAUGAAUCAGCCCACGGCACUGAAGGCCGCAUCCAUGCGUCCUAUUCUCCCUGGAUUUGGCCAUCGACGGAAAAUUAUGUUGCGGGUGCGAAGGAGCUUGGCAUCAAUAUCCCAGUUGAUGGACAAAAUGGCGAGGCUCUCGGUGCAUACUGGAUGACACACGCUCAGGACCCUACUACAGUCACAAGAAGCUCCGCUCGCAAGGGUUAUUGGGAUACCGCCGCUGAUCGCACCAACUUCCAUAUUCUUCCCAACACCCAUGUCACCAAGCUACUCCUGAACGGCACAACUGUCAAUGGUGUUGAAUUUGCUGCUUCGGCCGGCGCAGCUCGCCAGACUGUUUCCAUUAGCAAGGAGGCGAUCAUGGCUGCAGGUGCUCUCCACACACCCCAGAUCCUACAGCUGUCUGGCAUUGGCCCCGCUUCCCUUCUCAACCAGCUUGGUAUUACGCCGGUCGUGGAUCUCCCUGUUGGAUACAACCUGCACGACCACGUCAUGGUUCCCAUCGUCCACAACGUUGAUCUUGCUCUUCAGUCUGCCAAUCUGCAGUCCAACACAACUUUCGCUGCCGAGGCGCGUGCUCAGUACGAUUCUGAAAAGACAGGCCCCUACUCCACCGCCACCGGAGACAUUCUGUUUUUCCUACCCACGGAGAACUACACCACUGCAGUUUCAUCUUUGCACGACCAAGCGCUUGCUCAGAGCCCGAGUGACUACCUCGAUUCCGAUACUCCGUCGUCUUUCCUCACGGGCUAUGCCUCCCAGCAUGAGCAGCUCGCCGAGACCCUUGUGGCUUCUGACGCCGCCACCAUUGAGGCAAUCCCCUCGGACGGAACUAUCAUCGUUGCCCUCAUGCACCCUUUCUCACGCGGCACUGUCAAGAUCCAGUCGACCGACCCCUUUGAGGCUCCGCUGGCAGACUCAGCAUUCCUGAAGAAUCCGUUGGACGUCGCCGUGUUGGUCGAGGCUGUCAAAUUUGCUCGCAACCUUUUCAACACUACCGCUUUCGCUCCUCUGAACCCCGUCGAGCUUGUUCCUGGAUCCAACAUCACCACCGACGCCGCCAUCGAGACUGCGGUUCGCAACAGCGCAACCACCGUCUUCCACCCUGUCGGCUCUUGCCACAUGGGUAAGCAGGAGGAGGGAGCAUGUGUUGACGCUCAGCUCAAAGUCUACGGUAUUGAGAAGCUGCGUGUUGUUGAUGGCAGCGUCAUGCCCCUUGUUCCUGCGGCUCACACCAUGGGAACUGUGUAUGGUGUCGCCGAGAAGGCUGCCGACAUCAUUCUGAACGGUUCUGCUUAA